AUGGAUCUUCUUGGAGGUGGGCAGCAACAGGAGCAAUUGACCUCAACACAGAGGGAAAUGAUGGCGACCGUCAGGUCGACCAUGGCCAAGGCUCAUGACACAGAUGAAGUCUCAGCUCGGACGGCGGAGAUUGUCCAGAGUCAGGGUGAACAAAUCGAUCGGAUAAACGAGAACAGUCAACAGAUUGAAUCCAAUCUCGACACAUCGUCGUGGCUCCUCAAGGGUCUGUCCUCCUGGAGUGGUAGAAUGCGGAACGCUUGGGGUGGUCAGCCCAAAAGGGAUAUCCCUAAGCCCGCCAAGACCGAUCAUAGUGCUCCAGAUGGUCUGUCGAGCAAGGACCAGAAGGUGGUCCCAUCCGCUGGGACUAAGGUCAUAGAGCCUCACUCGGGAGAAGCAGUUCCCCCGAGCAGCGCUCAGAAAGAACAACAGCAGAGGUCUGAGUUCGAUUCCGAGUUGGAUAAACACCUAGAUGGUAUCAGUAGUGUGCUUGGUGGCAUCCAUGCGAGAACGGUGGAGAUGAAUCGCGAGAUAAAUCGACAGAACCAGACCCUGGAUGAGGUCCAUACCAGGACCGACCGGUCGACCCAGCGGAUCCACGACCAGCAGGCCCGGAUGCGAGACCUUCUACGAUGA